AAGACGAUCUCCUGUUUUUUUCAUUCCUCAAAUUCUACUGUGCUAAGUACAAGAAAAUAUCAAGAGUAACUUUCCAAUAACUGCCACGCACAAGCCAGAAAGAACUAAGAAAUACACAACGAAGCAUGAUUGAAGAAUGACACUGCCUUUUCGAUAAUGAAACAUCUUCAUCAAGCUUUAACAGACUAUCCUCAUUAACUGAGCUGUUAAAGCAAGUGGUAAGAUGAAAAUACUAACAAGGAUCUGUUCAGGCAUUUCGAGUACUGUUUACUUUUCAGUAUUAAGCCAUAAUUUCCCUCUGCUUACCAUGCAGUGCUGUUAAAAGAAACUUACAAGGUAUACAAAUAAGCAGAUUAUAAAUUAAUUGUGUGACCUAGAAAUUCUUCACUGGACUGCUUUUUUGUGUCUUUUUUAACUUAGCCAAACCAUCUGAAACUAAAGAUGCAUUUUGAUGACAUUAUUUUAGAAAUUGGGGAAUUUGGGAAGUACCAGAUGAUACUGCUAAUCUGGAUGUCAUUACCACAGAUCUUCCUUGCAUUUCACAUGCUUGCAAUCAUCUUCACUGGAGCUAUACCACAUUACCAGUGUCACCAUGUUUGGGAAAACAGUGACUUGGGACUAUCUAACUUCACUACAGAUGUGUUGCGGAACCUCAGCUUGUAUCUGGAUGCUUGCUCCACCUUUGACAUCAAAAAUGUACGACUUUCAGAGCAUAGUGUCAUGGAUUUUGAAACCAUUAAAAGAAACCUGACAACAGUUGCCUGCGCAAAGUGGGACUAUGAUACCAGUAUAUUUGAAAGUACUAUAGUCACUGAGUGGGAUCUUGUAUGUGAAAAAGCUAGCCUGAACAAUGUUGGAUCAUCCAUUUACAUGCUGGGUGUACUUUCAGGAGCAAUAGUGUCUGGGGCCUUGGCAGAUAAGUACGGACGGCGUGCCAUAAUCCUUGUUUGCAUGCCAAUGCAGGCAGUAUUUGGACUAAUAAUAGCCUAUGCACCCAACUUUUAUGUUUAUGUUGUCAUGCGCUAUCUCUUGGGGGCUGUGAUUCAGGGAGCUGCAAUUAAUGUCUUCACACUCGUCACUGAGUGGACUGGCCCCAAGCGACGUGUAAUUGUCAACACCAUCUUGGAUUAUGUGUUUAGUUUCGGGUACAUGGUGCUUGCUGGCAUUGCUUACCUCAUUCGAGACUGGCAAAAUCUACAAAUUGCCACUUCUGUCCCAGGGAUUCUAUUUAUUGCCUAUAUCUGGCUAAUUCCAAGAUCUGCUCGUUGGCUUCUGGCUAAGAAUCGCACAACAGAAGCUUUGGAUUUGUUAAAGAAAGCUGCAGAUAUGAAUGGAAGAAACCUCCCAGAGACUGCUCUACUAUAUGCGGCAAACGCUCAAACAGAGGUGGAAGAGAAGAAGUCAGACAGAAACUACACCAUGUUUGAUCUUGUUAGAACUCCAGAGAUAAAAAAAAGGUCCUUUGUUCUCUUCUACAUCUGGUUUGUGAAUGUGCUUGUGUAUUAUGGCCUCUCUUUAGGCGUUUCUGAAUUUGGAAUAAACAUCUACUUAACACAACUCAUUUUUGGGUUUGUGGAGAUCCCAGCUCAUACUAUCAUCACCUUUUGCCUCCCCUACUCCAGAAGAAUGACUCAGACUGUGUUCCUUGCUUUAGGUGGGCUGGCAUGUUUGCUUAUACUUGCCGUUCCUGAAGAUUAUCCCAAUGUGAUAACUGGUCUUGCAAUUGGAGGAAAAUUUGGUAUUACUGCCAGCUUUGAUACCGUUUAUCUGUACACAGCAGAAAUCUUCCCUACUGUUAUCAGGCAGAGAGGGAUGGGUGCCUGCUCCAUGUUUGCUCGCAUAGGAGGUGUUCUAGCUCCUAUGAUAAAUCUUGUCCGAAUCUACAGCAGUGCUGCUCCAGUCAUCAUCUUUGGCUGCGCAUCUUUGCUUGGUUCUGCCUUGGGCUUUCUUCUUCCUGAAACAGCUGGCUGCUCUCUCCCAGAAACUAUUGAAGAUGCAGAGAACUGGAAGAAAAGGCAGUACAAAGACCAUGAGCAGCAUGGAGAUAAGUUCAUACUUCAUUGUGAUGACAGGAAGCAAAACACGGAUGCUAAUCUAUCCUUGGAAGAAAAGGCUUGACCAGUGUUUGAUUCAUCCUAAAUUAUAAGAACAGAUACAACAAAGCAGACUGCACUUCAGUUUUAUACACCCUUAGAUUAGAUGCUAGAGGUUCAAGGAGCACUAGUUCACCACAUUCCAUCUUACAAACUGUACUACAACCCACGACCAAGACAGGAACAGAUUGUCCAUGGUAACAGCUUUUCAAUUACCAUAGAGUUGUAAUAUUGUCACCUACUAAGGAGUUUUCACCGCAAUCUGAAAAUCGCAUCCUGCUGGCCACCUAGAUGAAUAUUUUUAAUAAAGUAUCCCAAAGAGAAAAAUAAAUGGAGGUCCUCCUUGA